UGGCAGGCGUCUUCUGUAGUGCGUGAUGAAACUGAGGGAGGAAAGCAUGCACAGAUUCUACAGGAAGACAGCCCCCAGGAGGACCUUGCGGGCUGAAAGGCGCAUGUGCGGGGGCGGGGCCCUCACCGGGCACUCAGCCCCAGGCCCCAGGCGCUGCCCGUGGUCGCCAGGCCCACGCCAUGAGGGCCAAACAUGUGAACGGCCUCAUAACCCUCUUCGCCAGCUUGCUCUUCACCUUCUCCUGCUUCUGCCUCUACAGGAUGAGUCAGAUUAAUAAUCAGCUCACUAGUUGUAGAAACCAUGUAUUGGAGUUUAGAGAAACUAUGAAAAAUUUGAAAAAUAAAGCUGAAAGCAAUCGCCAAGAGCUGAUGGAAGCCUUUGAUCAAAUGAGAAAUGAAAUUACGAUGAGAGACAAAUUCGAAAAUUCAGUUGAAAAUAAGGUGGACACGCUGAACCAAAAUCAAAAAGUUUCUAAUGCAUUUGAAGACUUGAAGUUCUUUUUCCCUCAUCUGAAAAACGCAGGCAAUGUUUAUCCUAAUGUACUUAUUGGCAAAGGAAGAAAAGAUGUUUCUUUCGCACUGGGCAUUCCCACGAUCAACAGAGGAAGUUACAGCUACCUGAAGCAAACGCUCACCUCGGUUUUGUCCUGGAUGACUCGCUCUGAGGAAGAGGACUCCGUGGUGAUUGUCUCUGUUGCGGAUAACAAUGAAGAUUAUUUAAAUUCUGUUGUCAAUAUGAUUACAAAAAAAUUCAAGAGGCAGGUGAACUUGGGAUUCUUGGAGGUCAUUUCAAUACCUGCCUUUCUCUAUCCAGACAUGAUAAAUGCCUGGCAAUUCACUAAUGACUCAAAUACGAUUCACAGUUGGCAAAUGAAACAAGUACUGGACUUCUGUAUUUUGAUGCUGUAUUCCCAACCCAAGGCCACAUACUAUUUACAGCUAGAAGAUGACAUCAUUGCUAAACAGAUGUACUUUACAAAAAUAACAGAUUUUGUACGUAAUAUGAGUUCGCAUGACUGGUUUUGCCUUGAAUUUUCAGUGCUUGGGUUCAUAGGAAAAUUAUUUAGGUCAGAGGACUUAACUGACAUUGUACGUUUCUUUCUAAUGUUCUACAAGGACAAACCCAUUGAUGCGCUCUUAAGUGAAAUCUUUCAUUUAAAGACGUGUGAUACAAUAAAAUAUCAAGUAACGUGUACUCAGCGAAAGAAGCAAAUCUGUGUUCGGCAUAAUCCAUCUCUUUUCCAGCAUGUGGGCAUACAUUCAUCUUUCCUGGGAAAAGAGCAACAUUCCAAAGAUAUUUACUAUUAGGAGUCUCAAAAUUACACCAACCUCUUUAAAAUUUAUCACAAUCCUUCCUUGGAAAAAAUGGUCUAACAAGGAUUACAUUAUUUCUCAACUUUCUUAAAAGUGGAUAUUACAUUAUACUUUUUAAAAAUUAAAUCCUCAAUAAUAAAAUGAAAAUGUUAAAAGAAGCAUUUAUAAGAAGAAUUUCUGAAUUUCUUGGACUCUCACUCAUAUAACCUUGAUUUAUGACAGAAUCUUUGAGAAGUUGUAACAAUGAAAAUACAUAAUUACCUAGAAGAGGAGAAAGCAGCGAACCAACCACUGCUGUGAAAG